AUGGCGGCAAGAGGGAAGAAGUUCACCGUCGGCGUGUUUGGCGACCCGGGAUCGGGAAAAACUACAUUGAUCCAUCAGUAUCUCUUUGGGGAAUAUCUCGAAGAGCACAAAAACAUGGUGCACUACGGCAAAUGGGUCAACAUCGAGUCGGAGCUGAUCGAACUCGACAUUAUCGAAACGGGCAAGGACCCUGUGGAUUUUCCUGAGUUCGAUGCCAUGAUCUUUGUCUUCAGCACCUCGUCGGUGACCACCUUUGACUCGGUGAUGCGAUAUCAAAACAGCCGCCGGCGGCUGAUUGCCCUGGUCGGCACCAUGACCGACUAUUACGGACAGACAGUGGCUUACGACGCCGGGCUCAACCUGGCCAAGUGCAUGGGGGCCGGGUACUUCCACUUCUCCCCGCACCACGGCUGGGGUGUGCAAACGCCCUUUGAGUUCUUGCUGCGCCGCUUCGUUGUGCAGCAGCCCAAGCAUGUCGAGAUCGUGCCGAUGCCCUCGAUCAACGUAUACCAGUGGGUCAGAGCCAAGUGGUACGUUCACCGCAUCAAGAAGCCGAGGAGCAAGGUCUGGUACGACGAUUAG